AUGAGAGUUGCACAAAAAAGUAAAGGCAUGGAGGAGGCAACACUUGAGAUUGGAAACUGCACAAUUAUUCCAAUUAUUAUUAUGAUGAUGUCUCAACUUUCUAAUGUUUCUACAGAAUAUAGAACUGUCUCUGGAAUGAACAUGGAAACUGCACAAUUAUUCCAACGUGAUUUUGAGGAAAAAGGAUCAAUGGAGAGAGUGACUCUUUUUUUGAACCUGGCCAAUGAUCCUACGAUUGAGCGUAUCAUUACUACCUGUAUUGCUCUUACCACAACCGAAUAUUUGGCAUUUGAAUGCGGGAAACACGUUCGUGUUAUCUUAACUGACAUGAGUUCCUAUGUUGAUGCCCUUCGAGACGUCUCUACCGCUAGAGAGGAAGUACCUGGUAGGCAAGGGUAUCAUGGGUAUAUGUAUAUGGAUUUGGAAACAAUAUACGAGUGUGUUGGACCUAUUGAAGGCAGAAAAGGCUCCAUCACUCAAAUCCUAAUUCUGACUAUGCCCAAUGAUGGUCCUAAUUCCUAA